GAAACUCAAGCCCUAAAUUUCAACCCACUUUACAACCAAUCAAAACCCCUCAACUCAACACACAAUUCCUUUUUCUUUUUUUCACUAUUUAUCCUUUCCAUUAAAUCAAUCAAAAAAUAAAACAAAAAUGACAGUUGGAAGAAAAAGCCCUAAAUUUGCAAUUAAAGUAAGGCUAAAUCUCAUGGAUAUCGACGUUAACCCUUGCCAUUAAUGACACUAUGACAGUCUGUGUUUGACUCUCUUCUUACUUACCAUUGCCAUUAAUCAAAUCCCAUCCAUUUUGUUUCUUAAAUAUUUCAUCAAUCCUCUCUUCCCCAAUCAUUCAAUCGUCAAAAUCUUCAAAUUUAAUUUCACCAAAGAAAAAUACAGCAUCUUCACCACCACCAACCUCCAAGAAACCAGAAGAUUCCUCCCCACCUCCAUUAAUAACCAGAGAGAGGAAGUUUCAGCUCCAUUUCCAGACACCCUUUUGCUUCCUCUCUCCAAUCUUGAACACCGCAUCCGCCAAUAUCGAAGCCAAGGAAGCAAUUGCGAAAAUCCCCAUCCAAAACCCUAGCAUUUCAAACGGCAAGUGGAAGAAAUUCAGUGGAUUUCGCCACAGAUGAAGCACAUUGACAGCGCCCCAUCAACCCCGGGAAAGUUCAAGAUCGAGAAAUCGCCCUACAACCGGCUGCGGCUGCAUUCGUCUCUAGCUAAGCUCACUUUCUGGUCGCUUGUGUUUCUCGGAUUGAUCUUUGUCUUCUUUUAUAGAUCACCAUCUUCAUCAACCCCGGCCACCUCAGAUCUUUCUAGAAGGUCCCUUAGGACCAGUUUGUAUCAAGAUGCUAGCUUCGAGAAGAAGGUUAGAGCAUCAGCUAAGAUUAGGUCCAGAAAUGGGAUUUCCGUUCUAGUCACCGGCGCCGCCGGUUUCGUCGGCACCCACGUCUCCGCCGCCCUCAAGCGGCGCGGCGACGGCGUGGUGGGCCUUGACAAUUUCAAUCAUUACUAUGAUCCCUCGCUCAAGAAGGCGAGGCAGGCGCUGCUGGAGCGCACAGGGGUGUACAUUGUUGAGGGGGAUAUCAAUGAUGCUUCUCUGUUGAAGAAGCUGUUUGAAAUCGUGCCUUUCACUCAUGUUAUGCAUUUGGCAGCGCAGGCCGGAGUUCGUUACGCGAUGGAGAAUCCGAGCUCUUAUGUGCAUAGCAACAUUGCUGGCUUAGUCAGCUUGCUUGAGGUUUGUAAGGAAGCAAACCCUCAGCCUUCGAUUGUGUGGGCUUCGAGUAGCUCGGUGUAUGGAUUGAAUACGAAGGUGCCCUUCUCGGAGAAGGAUAGGACUGAUCAGCCUGCAAGUUUGUAUGCUGCAACUAAGAAGGCUGGUGAGGAGAUUGCACAUACUUACAAUCACAUCUAUGGGCUCUCCCUCACCGGAUUGAGGUUCUUCACGGUUUAUGGGCCGUGGGGGAGGCCGGAUAUGGCCUAUUUCUUCUUCACUAGGGAUAUCUUGAAAGGGAAGUCGAUUCCCAUCUUUGAGGCUGCUAAUCAUGGGACUGUGGCUAGGGAUUUCACCUACAUUGAUGAUAUAGUGAAGGGGUGUUUGGCUGCAUUGGAUACUGCUGAGAAGAGCACCGGCAGUGGUGGGAAGAAGAAGGGGCCGGCUCAGCUGCGUGUGUACAAUUUGGGGAACACUUCGCCUGUGCCUGUCUCGGAUCUUGUGAGCAUUUUGGAGAGACUGCUUAAGGUGAAGGCGAAGCGGUUGGUUAUGAAGCUGCCUAGGAAUGGGGAUGUGCAGUUUACACACGCCAAUAUAAGUUUAGCGCAGAGGGAGCUCGGGUAUAAGCCCACGACAGAUCUGCAGACGGGGCUGAAGAAGUUUGCGCGCUGGUACCUCAGUUACUAUGGGAGUGGCAAGAAGAAUGCGCAAUGAUAGUGGGUACAAAAAGUUUUGGAUUUGUGUGGUAGAACCAUUCUAUUCUUUUCCAUUUCGAUUCUUAUAAUUGUUUCUCUUAAUCUAUAUCUGUGUUUUGCUGGCACAAUUUGUUCUUGCUUUCGAAUAUCAUGAUUUCAUCGUCCCACGAUUGAAGUUCUUGUGGCCGGUGGGCGUUGUUUCACGCCGGUGUUUGUCAUCUGCAUCAAAGGGUACACAAGAUUUUGUCAUUCAUGGGAUUGAUUGUAUUUGUUGUAGAAUUCAUAAACUGAUAAGACACAAUUUUCUGAUUUGAUGGACAUGUGUCGUUCCAAAUCCGAUCCAAGUAUAGCACGCGAGUAGCUUGGCUGUUGUGAUUCAAUAAAUGAAGUUUGGUUGCACA